UCCCAAGCGGCGAUUUAGUGUGUUUGCGUUUACCCAACUUAAGAGUUAAUAUCUCUCUUGUUUUUGUAUUUCUAUUGUGGAGUGCACAUUGUUCGAAGUUUCUUGUGUUUUUUCCAAAAGUUUGUGUAUAUUCGUAGAUUGUGAGGAUUCCAAACAAAAAAUCGGUUUCCCUAUUACUAUCCCAAAGUUUGCACUUAUUCGGUAUAAAAACGCCGUUCAACAAGUGUCCAAACCUACCUUAUCGCUUAGUUAUACAUACAUGUAUGUAUACUUAUACAAAAAAUGGACGAAAACGGCAUGUUUAUUCUCAAUGCUGACUGUAUUUUGGAAAUAAUGAAAUACGUAAUUACUGAUUGCCAGUUAAAUGAGCGCUAUGUUGAAAUGGGUACUCUUGUCUACAAUGACUUAAUAAACUUUGUUCUGGCCCACGACUUCUUCGUCGAAUUGCUGGCGGAUCAUCACAAAAUCCUUUACAAGGAUCUUGAGUGGGCACUAGCGUGCAGGACCAUAAAGUUGCUUAUAGAUCUUCGAGUGAAUAAGCAAUCAAACAACGAAAGAUUUUUCUGGAGAUCUUUUCAGGAAUCAGUCAGUGAACAAAGUCCGUUCGAUCUUCAACUGUCUUUUCAAGGCAUAUACGUACAUAUUAAAGUAACAGGCAUCUCAUCGGGCAGCCCAUACCACGAGACGUUAAAAUUUGACUUCCCGCUUACUGUAGACGCAUUGGGUGACAUUUUUCGCUCCAACAAAAAUCUAACCAAGUUGAGCUUUGAAAGCACUAAAGUACAUGGUAGUCUUUCUCAUAUCAUACCCUAUUGCGCCAAUCUCGAAGAACUGAAAAUCACUAUGAACGCAGAAGACGUGUUAUCCCAAUAUGAACCACUAGUAAUCUUGCCGAAACUGAAAAACAUUUUAAUUACUGGCUUACAAAGAAGCAAGUCGGAAUCGCUCUUUCUUAGCAAUUUAAGAAAAUGGCACAGGCCACCGAAUCUUCCACCUUUGACACUAAAAAUCGAAGAACACGUAACCGACAUUCAUCGACCUGUAACGUUUGCCACUUUUAAUUCAUUACGAUGUUUGCAUGUGAACGAAUCCCUCUCUUCUUAUGAUCCACCAUAUUCAUUUUUUAAGGCCGAGUACGAUUUAUCUGCAAUGGAGAACGACAGUAUUUCAAUAGAGGAUUCUCUUGCCACCAUUAGAUUGGGUGAAGGUGUUGAGAUCAAGUUUAUCAGGUCUAAAGGUAUACUGGAGUUAAAGUUACACAAUUAUUCAGACAUUGGUCAAAUGGGAGAGUUAUCAAAACUGCCCAAUUUUACUCGCUUGUUAGUAAAAAAUAAGUCAUACAAUUUAGAAUAUCCCGAUUCUUUUGCAAAAUUCCUCAGAUCAAUGGCUCCAAACGGGUCAUUUGCUUUAAAGUCAUGCAAAAUAUUAAAUGGACGAUUAAAUCUAAAUGAGACUGAAGAGCUUGCGAAAAUAACGUCACUCCGAUUCCUCGAAUGCCACUUACACGACGGGCCUGAUAUCAACUUCAGUCAAAUGACAAACUUGCAACACAUGAAACUGGAUUUCAGACAAAAUAUUAAUCACAUUACUUCAAAUAUAAUCCAUAAUUUGCUAAGCAACUGCCAAGUGCUAGCAACCAUAUUUAGCGAAGCUGUUACAAUUACCCUAUGGAGAAAAGAAAAACGUCUAGAGAUCCAUUUGUGUAAUUGUGAAAACACCGAUUUUGCUAUUCCCCUUGCCAAGCUUAAGGGUUUUAACACCCUCGUGAUUUCAGGAAAACAGGAAUUGGGUUAUCUAAAUAUGAUCUUCGAUGCUUUCGCAGCCAAUUUAAGUACGAUCGAAGAAUUGGAUUUAUUCUAUCUGCAACCUUAUAGUUCCGAAUUAGAACGCCUACGGUUUGAAGAUAUUUCCAAAGUGACCGAAAUUAAAACCAUUAGGUCACUUCGAUGCUGCGUAUCAGAUGUGACUGGUGUUCAGAAAUUGGCAAAUCUAAACAAAUUAGAGAAUUUGGAAAUAUACCAUUCCGGAGGUGGCAAUCUCAUCGAAUUUUUCAAUAAACUUCCUGAGAAAAAUACAAUUAAAUGUAUAAGUACUGGAAAACUCACCCACGAAGAGGUUUUAAAGAUAACCCAAAUGACGUCGAUUAAAACUUUGGUGUGUCGUUUAUCAGACGAGUAUGGUCUCGAAUUCUUUGCGGAGCUAGCGAACUCAAGUGUCGUAGAAUUAAUUGUUUUGGAAUAUAAUAACUCUAUGCGGGAUAUACCCUCUCUGUUUUCUACGAUAAGGGCAAAGCAACUUGGUCUCUUUGAUAUUUGGCACAAAAAACUGAAUUUUUUUGAAACGGUUGACGUUACUAAAAUAACAGGACUAAAAAGGUUAUGUGCUAGUUUUGUUGAUUCGGAGUGUGCGCAAAUAUUAGAUAGAUUACCUCAACUAGAGGACCUUACUAUUGGCUUUAUUAAAACUCCUUUGGAAAAUCCUCUAAGGGUUCUAGCACUCAAGUCACCAUCGACUCUCAAAAAAUUGAAGUUAUGCAACUUUAUUGGCGGUAGCGAAUGUGAAUGUUUGACUCAAUUCAAAACAUUGGAAUCUUUAACAUGUUCAUUUCGUAAUGAGACGGGCAUAGAUCAUUUGGCCAAUAUGGAAAACCUUAAAGAAUUAUUUAUACAUCUUUCUGAAAAUUCGCUUAGUAAUCUUUUUCUUGCAUUUGCCCAAAAAUGUGAUUCCAAGUUGGAGAAACUUCAAGCUCCUAUCACAUGUUCUAAUGAGAUUCGGGAAAUAUCACAGAUUAAGUCACUAAGAACGCUAAAUAUUAAUUUGACAAAAAUGUGUGAUAAUUUAUCAGACCUCAGUCGAUUAAAUAACCUAAAAUCGUUGAGUAUAGUCGUCCGUUAUAGAUGUAAAUUAAAUACCGAUAGCUUUUUGCAAAUUUUUCGAUCUUGUCAAAAACUAGAUCAGGUCGAUUUGGGAUUUUAUUAUGGGGUGGCUUUAAAUUUAGUCAGCCAAGUAAACAAUGUUCUGAAAUCUUUUAGAGAUCCCGCAAAUCAGAAGCCGCUACAACUAAGUAUUUUUAGUGGUUCGAUUUACCCGAAAAUCCAUGUGGAUGAUAUUGAUGAGUCAAUCUUGAACGUCUCUUAUUCGUACGAAAAAAACUAUGAAGGUUACGAAAUAGAAUUUAAUUCUGAUGACGAGGAUUCAGACAACCCUUAUACUUAUAUGUAUUAUAGUUAAAAACUAAUUAAAGGAGCAAUAAAACUAAAGUGAACGCUA